AUGAAAUGCUCAUACAAAGGGAAGUUUGAUAUUCCUCACUCAAAAAAGAGAAAGUUGAUGGGAUCAAAAAAAGAUGAAGCAUUAAAUCAAAUUAUUAAUAAUAAAAUAAGCCCUUCAGUCUAUGUAAGAAAUGAAGCAAAUAAAAUAAUGAAAGAAGGUGAUAGUUUGUCUGCUCAGAUUCCAAGCAUUUCAAGUCUUAAAACAGCUAAAAGUAGAGCACUUGCAUUAACAAGGCUUCAUUCUGAUCCAAUAAGCGCUUUAAACAUUAUGAAGUGCAGUACAACAUAUAGUUCCACAAUUCGGAGUAUUGGUCAUAAUGGUUUUUAUGUACAUUUUUGGAGUAAUCUGCAGUUACAAAUUUACAAAGAAUGUUACUCUAAAGUCUCAAUUCCGUGCAUAUCAUUUGAUGCUACAGGCGGAUGCUGCAAACGAAUUAAAAGACCAGAAGGUAAUCAAAGCAGCCACUUGUUUCUAUACGAAGGUAUUAUGAACAUAGAUAGUAAAACAUUCACAGUAUUAUCUAUGAUCUCGGAACAACAUGAUACCCUAAGUAUAUAUAUUUGGUUAACACGUUGGCUAAGAUGUGGUAUAAAAGCUCCAAAAAUGGCUAUAUCUGAUCAAUCUUUAGCCAUAAUGUCAGCACUUAUUCAGUCUUUUACCCAAUACAAGUCACUUCAAGAGUACUUGGAGGUUUGUUUUAAAUUUGCUGUCAAUAAAAAUGAAAAUAAAAAUAAAAUACCUUCAUGUUAUAUCAGAAAUGAUAUUAAUCAUUUUGUUAGUUUGAUAGCUAAGUGGGAUACAUUGAAACAAUGUAAAUUUACAAGAACAAAGCAAUUAUUUAUUAGAUCAAUGACACUUCUUAUAUAUUGCACAUCUAUGAAAGAAGCUAAACAAAUUUUGGAAGCUAUUUUUAAAAUUGCUCUAAGUAAAUAUGAUGGUCCACUUUUAGUACCAACUGAAUACGAAAAAGACACUCCUUGUGCUAUAAGUAAAAGAUAUUUACAAGAUCUAAUUGCAAAUAAAGCAUCAUAUUUACAAGUUUUCGAUCAUUUAAUUGAUGAAAAUGAAUCCACAAACGUAAUUAAUCAACAAAAUGAAGAAAAUGAAGAUCUUAGUGAAGAAAUUACUGGUUCUUUUAAGAAUUGGGCAUCAAUAAUAGCAAAUGAUUGUCUAUCAAAAGUUGAAAAAAUCGAAGGCGAGUUUGACAAUGCUCAAUAUACACCGGAACUAGUUCCCUUGGUGAUCAAUGCAAUGAAGUUGUAUCCUUGUUGGUCCGGAAUUAUGACAACAAUAUUUGGAUAUGGAGAAGCUACUGUUUCAAGUAGCCGUGUUGAAAGUAACUUUUACCAGAUUAAGAAUAGAUUAUUUAAAACAGAACAUUUACCCAUUAGGGUGGAUGAUUUUGUACAAAAAUUAGUAUAUUAUUAUAAAGGUGAUAAUUUGCUGUUACAAAAUGCUGGAUUAUUAAAUAAAAAAUCUUUAAAUAAUAAUAAUAACAAAACUAAUGAAGAAAAUACAGAUAUACAGGAUUAUGACAUACACAAAGAAACGGUUAUAGAGGGUUGUGAAGACAUACACAUAGAAACUGAUUUGGAGGGUUUUGAAGGCAUACAUACAGAAGCAAAUAUAGAGGAUAACGAAGACAUACAAACAGAAACAGAUAUAGAGGAUAAUGAAGACAUACGCACAGAAACGGAUUUGGAGGGUUGUGAAUGCAUACAUACUAAAACAGAUAUUGAGGAUAACGAAGACUUAUAUACAGAAACAGCUGAUAGAGAUGGAAAUAUUGAAAACAUGCAAAAGGAAACAGUUAUAGGUGAUAAUGAAGAUAAUAUGCAUGCUGAACCGGAAGUAGUAGUAAAUGAAGAAAAUAAUAUUUCAUUUUGUUUACCGUGUAAAAAUGGAGAUUUUCCGACAGGAAUACAUAGAUGUGUAAAGUGUAAAAAAUCAGUACAUUUAUUUGGGUGUUCGGUCAGAUAUAUUCACAGUGAAGAAGGCUAUGGACAAUCAAGGGUAUGUUUAUCGUGUGCUGAGAAAGAUAAUGAAAAUGUAGCUGAAGAACAUUGGCAAAAAAGAGGAAAAUCAACUUCAUUAUCUCUCUGUCGAUCUGCGAAGUCAUAUCUUGUUUCCCAACCAGGAUUUGAUAAAUUAAAUUUAAACCAAAAAGGUUGUGAAAAAUCCAUAUACUUUUUAAAAAAUGGAAAUGUUCUGCAAAGUAAGCCAUAUAAUUUACCUCAAAUAGGCAAAGUUUUGCUAAGUAAUACUUGUUCUCCUGAUUCUUUACUAACAAUUUUUGCAUGUGCUGCAGCUGAUAGUCAAAUAUUUUUUAAGUACAUAGCAUCGUUGAUUAAAAUAGAUAAAACUGCUAAAUUCAUAAUAAAUAUGAUUGAUAGAAAACGAAACGGAAAUAUAUACAAAGAACGAAUAUCAUUAUUAGCUCCUUAUUAUUUACCAAAUAAUAAACAGCUUGUUGGAGGUAUAACACUAUUAGACGCAAUGGAUACAAUAACUUCUACAGCAACGAAAUUAUUACAUCAGAUGCCAUCUUAUAAAAAGUUGAAUCGAUGUACUGAUUAUCUUUGUUCUGAAUUUGCUAUAGAUAACACCAGUCAAGUUAUUCAGUUGAAUGCUUUUGAUGGACGUAUCGAUAUUCAAAAAGAAAUUGAUUCAUUUACAAAAGAAGAAAUUACAACAUGCACAUACUGUAACUCUCGAAGAAAAGUUACAUUUAGUACGAAGACCCAUAUAUUAAUCGAACUCGUCUCUCUGCCUGAAGAACUUGAAACAUCUACAAGUGUUUGCAGUAUUAACAAAAUAGAUCAAGUACAUCAAAACUAUGCCGGUGAAGUAUUGUUGACCACAGACGAAAUACCUAAGGUAUUACAUGUAAAAGGGAUAACCUAUUUCAUUAGGGGUGCAGUCGUAUAUACAAGUGGAAAUAGAACUGGACUAAGAGUAAAAAGUGGACAUUAUAAAGCAUAUUGCUUUAGGCCCAACGAUCGCUGGGAAAUCUAUGAUGACCUACAAGAAAAAAUAUUACCAUCUAAAAACGAAAAAAAUAAUGUUGAAUUGCUAUUAUAUACAAAAUAA